AUGACGGCCAAAUAUCCAGUUCCAGAAAAAGAGGUUGUAAACAGUGUUCCAGAGUCCAUGAAUGGCGCAAAAGGCAUUAUGAGUGACAUUGGUGAUGGCGUUAUGGGGGAAGAUGCUGUAAAUCUGUUACCUUUAAAGAAUCAUACUGACACUGAUGAAAAGGUACUGUUGUGUGAUGCAAAAAAGAACGGCGAUCCCUGCGAUCUGGGAGGGGAAGUAGAAACAGAAACAGCUGUAGAAAGAGUAGUGCGAGCAGAUGCCUCAACACUAGCUGAAGCUGAGUGUGAGGGUAGCCCUCUUGGCGUCUCUUCAACUGUUAUUUCAACAAACUAUACCUCAUUCUUCUCAACACCUCCAAGUAAAGGUAUAUUUAUAGACCUUAUCGAUACCUUUAUGCAAGCCGGGAUAACAGCUUUUACACUAUCUGAUAAUGAUAAAGCAGACGGUGAUGUCACUGGUGGUGCGAACUCUUCAUGGAAUGAAAAAAUUCGACGUUUUCUCACUAUAGAUGUGGUUGACCGCUUAUGUCAUGAAGUGCGCACCGUGUUAGAGGAGGAAAGUACCCUACUAGAUAUUAACGUGAGUUCUGAUGAGACGCUUGUGGUGGUUGGUGAUAUUCACGGUCACCUUAGUGAUAUGUUUCGACAUGUUCUCUCUCAACAGUUUGACCGGCGUAUGAAUGUGAGUGGAGUGGACCGCAAGUUUCUUUUUCUCGGUGACUACGUGGACCGUGGGCCGUGCGGUGUGGAAGUGGUAAUGCUGUUGCUCGCCCUUAAGGUGGAGUACCCGCAGCUUGUUUACAUGACUCGUGGGAAUCACGAAGUUCCUCACACCUCUCGCAUCUACGGUUUCUACAGUGAAGUGCAGCUUAAGUUUGGGGGUGAUGCGGCGUGGGUGCGCUUUAAUGAAGUCUUUUGUUUUCUCCCACUUGCUGCAGUGGUUUCAACACCAACGCGCCGCUUCUUCGCUGUCCACGGUGGUUUGUCGCCGCCACUCGCACAGUCCACCGUCGACCUCAUCACUGGUAUUGAGCGCUGUGACUACGGCAGUGCACUCGAUAAUGUCUUCAGCGAUGUUGUCGAUGGAUUAUUGUGGUCAGACCCAGGUGACACCUCCACUCCAUACUCCCGCAACGUGCGUGGGUGUGGAUAUAUAUUCGGCGACAAUGCCAGUCGCGAUUUCUGCGAGCGGAAUAAUUUUGAUUUCAUCUGCAGAGCGCACCAAGUGGUCUCAGAUGGGUACGCCUGGACACACAACGACAGGGUGCUUACAGUGUUCUCUGUGCCAAACUACUGUGGUUUCAAUAAUAACUUAGGCGCCAUCAUGAUAGUACAGCCAUCUACUACUGAUGUUGCUACAGCCCCUGAAGUGGGGGAUGAUAAUGAUGGUGAUUAUGAUAAUAACGAUAAGGGUAAGAAUACUAUUAAGGUUCAUGAUGAUGAUGAUGAUGAUGAUCAUAAUGGUGGCCAUGAUGAUGAGGGUGGCAAAAAUAACAAUGAGGGUGAUAAUGACAAUAGAAACCGUUGUAAUGGAAAUAGGGAUUAUGGGGAUCUGCGUUUUAUUCAAUUUGCAUCCACCUCAGAGAGAAGUCCACCUUCAAUACCUUCAUUAUUUUUAGCCCCUUUACCGAAACCAUGUGGAGAUUUCGUGUUUGCUGAGUUCACAGAAUAA